GCGACUUGAACAUCAGUUACGACAACUCGACACAUUCCGCUUCUUUCUAUGUAUUCCUUAACCCUGAUGAUGGAUAAAAUGGAAGAAAAUGGCAUGCCAAGUGUUAUUAAAUUUCAGUGAAAUGUUUAUUUAUUUUGAUUGCGUAGGAUGGGAAGCUGCAUAGGUAUAACCAGGGCAAGAAAUGCCUCAAUCAAUGAUACGUCGGAAAACUCAUCAAGAACAAAUUCAGGUAAUUCAAGAAAAAAUCAUCUCUUGUGUCAUGAGGUAAUUAGAUGGAGAUCGGAUGUACCUUUAACUGAAGGUCAACUAAGAAGUAAGAGAGAUGAAUUUUGGGACACUGCACCAGCCUUUGAUGGUCGUAAAGAAAUCUGGGAUGCAUUGAGAGCAGGUGCAACUGCAGCUGAAGCACAGGAUUAUCAGUUGGCACAAGCAAUAUUAGAUGGAGCUAAUAUUUCUGUACCAAGUGGUUUCUUAACUGAAUGUUAUGACGAGUUGGGCACUCGUUAUCAAGUACCUAUUUAUUGUUUAUCUUAUCCAAUUAAUAUCGUAAAAGAAGAUAGUGGAAGAGAUUCACCUGCUGAUUGUUCAGAACCAGUUGAUGGAGGAACAGAACAAACCUUAAGACUUAGACUAUCGACUACUUUAGGAGAAGUUAAACUACCUGUUUAUAGCAAAGACACUAUUGGUAUCGCUAAGAAAAAGUUACAGAGUCAAGAAGGUUUGGAACCUUCACGUCAGAGAUGGUUCUUUGGUGGGAAACUACUGAGUGAUAAGAUGCACAUAGAAGAAGCUAAAGUACAGCCGGGUUAUGUAAUACAAGUAAUCGUGAAUCCAGAAAGAAUAGAUAACAGCCCUACCAAAAGUAGUUAAACUUUUGCAUAAGCACAACAGAAGUACGUAAUGUGCUCCAUAAGCAAUCAAUAAUAGGCUACUUUUACGCUUGUUAACAAAACUUGUUAACCAUGUAUCGAAAUAAGAUUAUAUUUUUUAAUUUUGUAUCAUAUUAUAUAAUUCUGAGUAUCAUCAGAGAUGAUAAAUUAUUUUAGAAUAAAUUGGACAUAACAAAAUUUUGUAUUUAACAGACAACUUUGCUAUUUAAUGAAAUCAUGGGUUAAGUGCAAUCAUAGUUUUCUUUCUCGAUAUCGUAUAUUUAUCUAUAACUCGGCACAUACACAAUAUCUCGUGCAAUAUUAUGUAAGACAAGCAUUUAGCAGAUGCUAAGUAUAGAAUGAAGAAUUAUAUCUUCAGUGACUUGGUUCCCUUUAAUACAAUGUAUUUUGACAAGAAAAUUAUCUGAAAUAUAUGACCAAUUUAUAUAUAUUUGAACAAAAUACAUGAACGUACUAUUUUC